AUGCCAAAAGAGUGCCAGCCUGUUGGCUCGGCGUUCCCAUGCUGUGAAGAUCUACGACACCUGCAUUGGCUGCACUCUGUGCGUCCGUGCGUGCCCCACAGAUGUGCUGGAGAUGGUCCCGGCCACUAUCAACGCAGCCAAGCAGGUGGCUUCGUCCCCGCGAGUGGAGGACUGCGUGGGCUGCAAGCGCUGCGAGACGGCCUGCCCCACCGACUUCCUGAGCAUCCGCGUGUACCUGCAGGACAACGAGGAGACGCAGUACAGCUUGGGUCUGGACUUGGUGGAUUGGUCCUGAGUGGCCCCGAUGUAGAUGUUUUUAGAAGUCAUCCGCGACGUUGCGUGUAG